AUGGGAAUUCCUGAAGGUGAUGAGGAAGCUGUAUACUUGAGGUUGUUUCCAUUUUCUAUAACAGGAAAAGCUAAAGUUUGGUUACAAUCUCACCCGAAUCAAAGUUUGACAAGAUGGGGUGAUGUAGAAAACAAGCAAGGUGCAGAUGAACCAUUUUGUGAAGCCUGGGAAAGAUUUAAGUCAUUGCUCAGAAAAUGUCCUAACCAUGGGUUUAAAGAUAUAACUCAACUCAAUUUCUUUGUUAAUGGAAUCAAACCUGAGGUGAAGAUGUUAUUAGAUGCAGCAGCUGGUGGCACUAACAAGCUGCUGUCUCAACAGAUUGAAGCACUGACUAAGCAGAUGGCCAAGAUUCCACAACAGCUUCAUGCUAUUGCUUCUUCUUCAACUCAAUCAAAUUAUUCUUUAAAGUGUGAUUUUUCUGGAAGGACGUGGUUAGUUAAUGGUCACUGUUCUGAAACUCCAAAUGAAGAAGAGGGAAAUCAAGGUUGGAGAAGAAACAAUAACAACCAAGGUUAUGGAUGGAGGAAUGAAGCUGGACCAUCCAAUAGGCCACCACCACAACAGCAACAACAGCCUGCUUAUCCGUCUAUGCAUGAAAGAACCAGCAAAUUGGAGGAUACUCUGAACCAGUUCAUGCAUGUGUCUAUGAACAAUCAGAAGAACACAGAGGCAUCCAUCAAGAAUUUGGAGGUGCAGGUGGGUCAGCUAGCUAAACAAUUAGCUGACAUGUCUGGAGGCCCAUUUUCAGCCAAUACCAAGACCAACCCCAAGGAGCAUUGCAAAGCCAUAACAACAAGAAGUGGGAAGGUAGUGAUGAGAUGA